AGAUGAUUUUGACAGGAGGCUUGAAAUCUCUCCUUCCCCAUGUGCUAAGAAGAAUAAUUCGAUGCAACAGGCUCAGUGUUAGUAAUACCUCUGGAAUGGCAGAGGGCUAUAAGCAGGCCAACGUUGUGAUUUUGCACAAGUCCCUGGCUGAUGACUUUGAGAAGUUUUGCCACGCAAAUGAUGGACCCCUGCCACUGCUGUACAGAAGUAAACCGGGCAAUUGGUCAUGUCCUUCUCUGAGCAGUGGUUCUGAUAUCAGAAAUGACUGCCUGCAGUACAGAAUAUACGAGCACGGAGCUUGUACCGGAUCACUGAAAAGCCUAGAGGAGUAUUCUGAGCAACUGAAGGACAUGGUGACAUUUUAUUUAGGCUGUAGCUUCUCUUUUGAAAAAGCAGUCCAAAACGCUGGCAUUCCCAUAAGAAACAUUGAGCAAAAAUGUAAUGUAAGCAUGUAUAAGACAGCUGUCCCUUGCUACAAUGUUUCUGCUUUUAGCUGCAACUUGGUAGUCACAAUGAGACCUGUUCCUGAAAGCAAGUUGGAAGCAGCUGUGCUAGCAACAUCUGCAUUGAAAGAAGCCCAUGGAGCACCAAUUCACAUGGGUGACCCUGGUCUGCUGGGAAUAAAAGAUCUUUCCAAACCAGAUUAUGGAGAUCCAGUUCACCUUCAUCCUGAUGAUGUUCCAGUGUUUUGGGCCUGUGGAGUAACAGCAGUAGAAGCAGUCAUCAACUGCAGGGCUCCAUUAGCUUUUACUCAUUCUCCUGGCUGCAUGUUCAUUACCGACCUAAAGAAUGACAACCUCACAGUCAGAUCGUCAAGAGAAGUCCCGCAAGUCCGCUGCAUUUCUCGAGAUCCUCUGCAUUACAGUAUUGUGUCAGCAGAAGCAGCCCAAAAGAUAAAGACUCUAGAGACCCUAAUUGGAAUAGAUCCAGGAGACCGGGGCAUAAUUCAUCUGCAGCGCCAGGACGAGCUGCUGAAGGCUUGCCUGUCCAUCUCCCAUGCUCGGUCGGUGCUGAUAACGACGGGGUUUCCCACGCACUUCACUCAUGAGCCACCAGAAGAGAACGACGGGCCCCCGGGAGCCCUCGCUAUUGCAGCUAUACUGCAGGCCUUGGAGAAGGAGGUUGCCAUAGUGACAGAUCAGAGAGCCAUGAGUCUGAAUAAAAAGAUUAUUGAAGAGGCUGUUCAACUAGGAAUCCUGAAGAGACCUGUCCCUCUAUUGAGUUAUCAAAGGGAAAGUGCUGAUUCAGCUUUAAUGUUUUUGUGUGAGAAAGGGAAUCCCAGAAGACCUAGAUUUGAUCACCUGAUUGCAAUAGAGCGUGCUGGGAUGGCUGCUGAUGGCAAUUAUUACAAUGCCAGGAAAGUUAACAUUAAACACCUGGUGGAUCCCAUAGAUGAUCUAUUUUUAGCUGCACAAACCAUUGCAGGAGUCACAACAACAGGUGUUGGAGAUGGCGGAAAUGAAUUGGGAAUGGGCAAAGUAAAAGAUGCUGUAAAGAAGCACAUAAAAAAUGGAGAUGUUAUAGCUUGUGAUGUUGAAGCUGAUUUUACGAUUGUAGCUGGGGUCUCUAACUGGGGAGGCUAUGCCAUUGCUUGCGCUCUGUAUGUUCUCAACACUUGUGAAAUACAUGACCGCUACCUGAGGAAAGCUGUUGGCUUUCCACAGUUAAUGAAGAAGAUGGUCUGGCUAUCGGCGCUUCCAUCAGUUACUAAGGAAGAGAAGCUUCUGAAAACCCUUUUGCGGCACGGGGUCCGCAGUGGAAAAACUGCCAGUCUGGAAUUGGAAGUGGACGGGCUGCCCUUCUACAACACCCAUUCGCUCAUGAUUGAAAAGCUGCUGCAAGAAGUGCAGCAAUGA